CAGACGGCGGGGUCUCAGUUCGAUGGCAUCUUUAUGGAAGUAAAUUAAAGGAAAUAAAUGACUAGUAUACAAGAUACUAUUAAACUCUAUGUAAAUUCAAAGUGAAAAUGUGGUGUUUUAAUAUUGUUUGAACUGUAUUUACACGGAAACUUCGUGUAAAUUGUAUUAUAAAGAUGUAUAUUCACUACACGUUAGGAGCCAUUUUUAUUGUAUUUAUUUUGUGCGUUCAUUGUGAUAAUGCUGGGACUAACAACGAAAUACUGGAAAUUUAUGUUCCGUCCUCCCCACAAAACCUGACAGCGAACAAAGUUACAUCAGAUGAGAUACAUUUAUUGUGGGCCCCGCCAGCCACCUAUACAGUCCAAAGACAGAGCAAUGAUGAUAUAAACAUCGAUAGGCAGACUCUUAAACCCGAACCGGAUCUGACGGUCCUCGCUAAAGACACGCAAGCAGAUGAAGCCAUGAACGAUGAUGGCAAGGACUACAAAAUGGAAGCGUCGAAGGACUCGGACUACACGUACAACUUCUACAAGAGUGACAAACAGAAGUACAGCGAGGAUUUUUUAGAUAAUGAUAACUAUAGGGUCAAAAGGGACGUUAGAUCGCACAGGCAUAGGAAAAGAAGACAGGAGAAUUCCACGGAUACGAAGAUAACUAUGGAGAAGGGUAUGGAUGGUGUGGAGACUCACCAGGCUUUUGAACUGCCGAUAGAGAUCGUCAAGAAAUCUAUGGCGUUGCCCUCCCGGAAGGAUAUAACGCAAAUAGCAUUCGUUCUAUACUACGAAGAAGGUGUGACGAUAAAGAAGGCGUCCACUGAUUCCAUCAUAGCAACAGUUCAGAGUUCGGAAGAAAUCAAACAGAGGAACGUGUUCAGAAGCGAUCUGGGCAUACAAGAUAAUUACAACGCCACCAAAAACUUGACCUUACUUAACACCUCCGGGGUCCAGACUAAAGUCGUUGGAUUCAGAUUGAGGAAUUUAAAACCAUUCACACCGUAUAAGAUAUGGGUGCGUGCGUUUUAUAACAUACCCUUAGCCGGUGUGAUGUCGUCCGACCUCCUGGCCCGCCUGGGACCCCAGUCCGAGUCCCUCUACGUGUUGACGGACGUUAGACCUCCAUCAGCACCUGUUAUACUCAACCUGACCUGCGACCAACAGAAUGGUAUUCUCUACCUGCAAUGGCGUCAACCUCUCGAGUACAACAACUCGUUAGACCAGUACGUGGUGACGCUGAGGAAGAUACCGGAACAGCAGCCGAGGACCAGACUCACGCUGUUCACCAAGAAGGAGGACAUCGAGACUAUGAUCAGUGUUAAAGUGGAUUUAUCAAACUCUACAAUGUACGAGGUGAAGAUUUACGCCGUGACCUUAUCAGUGGCGACGCCGAAAACACUUAUCAAUGGAUCGGAAUCACCUCCGAAGGAUGUGUCGAGUGAGUCGUGCGCGGUGGUAGCGGCACGAGCGGGGAUCGCGGAUAUGGAGGGCGAAGCGCCGGGUGCUCCGGCAGCACUGUUGGCUGCCGCCCUACUAGCCGCUCUAGCAGCCGGUGGAGCCGCCCUAGUUUACUGGAGAUGUAGAUCUCGUGUGAGCAAAUGUAUCAGCGCCGCUUACAAUUACUUGGAAGAGGGUGGUGAGAGAGCGGCCAGGGCUCCACUAAAUAUAAACAAGAAACCUCCUGUAAGUCAGUCCCCGGUGGCAGCUUGUGGUGGUGGCGUGUCCUCGUCUCGUCCACCUCGCAUGUCCGGUCCCUCACAUCCGGUGGUGAAAGCGAGGGACUUCCCCUCACACGUGGCCUCGUUACACGCUGACGGAGAUAUAGGAUUCAGCAAAGAGUAUGAGAUAGUGGUGGGUAUGUCCGCUGCCCUGGGACACACCAGCCAUCACAGCUACCGACCGGAGAAUAGGCUUAAGAACAGAUAUCUGAACAUAACAGCCUACGAUCAUAGCCGCGUGUGCGUAUCCGUGGGUGGUAGGUGUGGCGCGGCGGGGUGUGUGGGCGCGGGGAGGGGGGCCGCCUGCGAUUAUGUCAACGCUAAUUUCAUAGACGGCAUGCUACCGGCCUUAAAUCCCACCGCCAAGAGACGGAUAGAGAAGAAACUAGAGAGGAGAGCCAGGCCGGACAGGCAACCCUCAGUCCGAGCUACUAAGCCGCCACCGAAUCUCUCAGACGGCAUCGAAUCAGCGUUCCUGAACAUUGAGUUUUCAGGGAUAGUAGAGUCUGAAGAGCGGACAGACUCGGACAGCGACCGGAGUGACGAUGACGACCAGCUAGAUGAUGUUUACGUUGACAUCAAUGGCGUCCCCCGUCAGAUCAAGCUGGAGUGGGUGGUGUGGCGGCGACGGUACAUCGCCACUCAAGGCCCCACGCCAGCCACACUAGACGCCUUCUGGCGGAUGAUCUGGCAGCACAGGGUCUGCACCUUGGUCAUGAUCACCAACCUCGUGGAACGGGGCAGGCGUAAGUGCGACAUGUACUGGCCGGCGGGCGGGCGCGGCAGUUCCGCGGAGUUCGGCGGUAUACACGUGACGCUGCUGUAUGAGGACGUGAGGGCCGCUUACACCGUCAGACAUCUCAGGGUCAAGAGUACAGUCGCGGGUAGCGAAUCGUCGAGCGAGUCGAGUACAGCGAGUGGCGAGGGUCGCCACGUUGUCCAGUACCACUACACCGUGUGGCCCGACCAUGGCACGCCACGGCACCCGUUAGCUGUGUUGCCGUUCGUACGGGCCGCUGCAGAUCCGGCAACCGUGCUCGUUCAUUGCAGUGCGGGUGUUGGAAGAACGGGUACAUACAUAGUGAUAGACGCACAACUGAAUCAAUUAAAACUCACGGGAACCCUGUCGCCUUUAGGGUUCCUCUGUCGCGCGCGAACGCAAAGGAACCAUUUAGUGCAGACCGAGGAACAGUAUGUAUUCGUACAUGACGCUCUGUUAGAGUACGUGCGUUCGGGUAACACAGAAGUGGAGUUCACAAAAGCUAGGGAAUAUCUGGCGAAGCUUCUAGAACCGAUAUCAGAGGAGGAGCUAGCGGUUAUGGACCUUAAUCCUAUAAAGCAUAAGAGCGUUAACGAAAUGAACGGCGAGAACGACAUGUCGAGUGUUAAAUCUAUAGAAUGUAGCGAUAAUAUAGUAGAAAAUGGAAGCAGUCAAGUGUCGAUAAAAACUGACGAAUUGAACAGCGAAAGUAAAUCAUCUGUGGACAACCAAGAGAAGGAUGGAUUGGUCAACGGCGAUGACUCGGAGGGAGUUUAUGAUCUGGCGCCGAGGUCCACAGAUACUUAUAAUAAGAAAAUGGCGGCCUAUAACAGCAUGAAUGAACAAGAGAAAGAGGAAAUGCGCAGAGUAAACCGAGCCGAAAACUACGCGCUGUUGGAACGGAUGCGCUCUUUAUCGAACAGGCAUCAACUGUACCAAGGACCUCCUCCUGUUAACUUGUUAGAAAAACAGAAUCAGUUGAUAACACGUUCGUGUGUGGAGGCGAGUGUGUGUGCUCGAGCUCCUCACAACGCUGAUAAGAACAGACCGGGUGGCAUCCUACCCUCAGACUCCGCCAGGGUCAUGUUGGUACCGAAACCCGGUGUUGAAGGAAGUGAAUAUAUAAAUGCUUCGUGGGUUUGUGGCGUGCGUCGUGUGAGAGAGUACGCCGUGUGUCAACACACAGAGGCACCUGACCCGUGGCGGCUGUUGUGGGAUCACACCGCACAACUAGUGUUGUUACUACACGAUGAUGAACAUCCGGAGUGCGAUGUGUUUUGGCCGACAGAAGAUGAGAAGGAACUGUUCGUGGCUAAUUUCCGUGCGAGCUUUGUGUCUAAGGAAGUAUAUGUGGCGCACAGGAGAUCGGAUAGGACGAGUCGAACAGACACACCCAGCGAGCCCGAGACCAACGGGUACAGAAGGCAGGAGGGCAGCGACUGUGCUGACGACGAACGGCUCAUACCUGAUAAUAAUUCACCAGUUAAUAAUACGGAACCAUCCUACAGGUUCGACAGGACGGAACUCCGAUUGGAGCGUCUCAGUAACAGAGAUCUGUCCGCCCGGAAAUCCAUAGCGAACGGAGAUUUAUUCUCGUCAUUAUCAGAGAAGAAGAACGGUCCAAAAUCACCGAGAAGUCCGUCGAAGAUGUCGUUGAAGAACUUUAAGCUGAGCUCUCCCACCAAGUUCAAAUUCCCCGAGUGGGGUUCUAGAGCGGCUGGUUCACCGCCAGAUACUGCACCACCACCGCCACCUAUCACACCAUCGCUCACCGUAGAAGAGGAAGCUGAACUACGAAGACCCGUGUACACAUUCGAAAAAGUAAAACACCUCCCAAACGUACCAUCAGACAGGGUUAUAGAAGUGACAAACGUGAGCGUGCAUUCAUUGCAGGACGAUUACCAGUUAAGUGUUAAGUUCAUAAAGUGCAGUGGCUGGUUGAAAGGUGCUACCACCAAAUACAGCGCGGGUCGGCCGGAUGAUAAUGAAUACGUUCGUGCUGUGAGGCAUUCCAGCGGGAGCGAACGGGAAGCGGCCAUCGAUAGGCUCAUAGCGCCCUACCAGGAUUCGUUCGCGUUGAUAGAGUUCGUCGCUGGAUGUCAGAUGGAAUACAAGAAUGGACCGGUUGUUGUUGUUGACAAAUACGGCGGCUGGCGAGCGUUAACUUUUUGUUCGCUAAGCGCUGCGUGUGGUGGAGUAAGGAAUCCAGAUAUCAAGGAACCUGGCAGUGAGUGGGCUUCACCCUGUGUGGCCGCUGAUUUAUACUGCAGUAGUGCUCUGAACGCUCACGCCCGCUGCCAGGCCUCACCAAAUUCCCCGGCCUCACAGACUUCUCAGACUUCUCAGGCCUCACAGAGCUCUCAGACCUCUCAGGAACGUCCCGUGACCCACUCGCCGGAGGCUCUGCUAGCGGCUUACUGCGCUCUCACCGCGUACGCAACUAAACUACCGAGGCCCGAUAGCUGAACCUGGUCUCCGUCAUCAGAACAGGUGUCCAGGUGAAUGUACUGUAAUACUCACUGUGUUGUGUACAAACUGUUUAAGUGUAAAGGUGCAUGUGUUUUUGUUUACUCAGUGUUGUCAUAUUGAAGCUGAUGGUUGUAAACGAAAUGUCAUGUAAGUAUUGAAUAAGGUUAACUUUAUUGCAAUGUUAAUAAUAUAUUACUAAUUUGAUGUUAUUUCAAGUCUGUAUGUGUGUAGAAUGUUCUUUUUUUUUUUAUAAAUGUACCAAAAAUUAUGUUUUAGAUAUCUUAAUAUUUUAUUUUAAUUACACUUUGAUUAUAAUUUUUUACAUUUUGUAUUUUUUUUUUAUAUAUAUAUCUUAUAUUUAAAAUGAUUUUACAUGCAUUUAUUCCCAAAUAUUAUUUAGUUGCUAAUGUCUAAGGCCUCUUGUAAUAUGUGAAACAUUGGAUUAUGAAUAAGGUUAUAUUAAAAUUUGAAAUUGCUGAAGCCUGUAUGUUAUAGCUAACUUUUCAAAUAAAAAAAAAAUUACUGUUAUAAUGUUGAAAGGAUAUAUUUUCGUAUCUUUAAAUAACUAUAUUUGAAGAAAACUGCAAUAAUAUAAUAUUCUUGUCCAUUUUCCAAUUAUUUCCCAUAUCAGUGUAAAAUAUUAGGUUAUUAUUUAUAAUAUAAGUGUUUUGUCUUUCAAAUGACUGCCCAUUAUGGCUUUAAACACAUGUCUCACAUGUUUAUUGCCGCUUGGGAAUAUGCUUUGUUAGUCAGGUAGCCUGUCUGGCUGAGCUGCCAGUCAGUAUAGCGACCACUUGUUAAGCUAUUUGAACAAGAUUUCGUACAUAUAGUGUCUGGUUGUAUCGAACGUAUUUAAAAUUUAAAUGUUUUGUAAGAUAAAUUCUUAUGAUAUUAAUGUGGUUGUGUGCAUCAUUAAGAUAAUUUUCACAUAUGACCUACGGUUGGUGAGAUUGCUUUUUAAUGAUAUCUGAAUAGUAUUUAAAAAUAUAUAUAUAUAUUAAUUUCAACAAAAGUCACAUGUAUACUAAUGGCUUACUGAUUUAAGAUAUUCCUAUAAAACAGUCUUACUCAGCCAGUAACAAUGAAUUUACCACAUAUAACGACCAUGUAUAUUAGAUGUAGCAUUCUCGACUUUGAUAUGUAAAAAUUUUUUUUUUAUUUAGUAUUUAAUGAGAUGUAUUAGAAUUUAGUCCAUUUUAUUGGAUAGGUUUCUAUCAGUUUACACUAAUAUAAAUAUUACGUCACAUUUCAUAUUAAUUACUUCAAGGUGUUUACAUUAAUAUUUUUCUUAUAUAUAUAUAUUUUUUUUUUAUUAUUUGCUCAUUGGUUAAUUUAUUUAAAUAUAAAUCAGAGAAAUCUUAGCUCGAGUAUUUAAUAUGUUUUAUUGUCAUCCUAUUUAAAAUGGACUGAAUGUUUUUAGAUAUCUCAAUACCUUUUCGACUAUACACGAAUAAUAGUUUUAAUAUGAUAUAAUAUAAUUCCUACUAAAUCAUUAAUGGUCCAUUGUUUUUAUUGUAAUCUAGCGUUUUAAUGUUAUUGUGAAGACUGCUUUUGGUGGUUGGUCAAUUAUGAUGGGAUUCCGUUCGGUCAUGCUGGGUGAUUCUACUACAGAAAAUAAUCUAUAUAUAAUGAGUUUUAAAUAGAAUUAUUUAGUGAUUAAUUUUUUUUUUUUUUUUUUAUUCAAAGUAUACUCUGUUUAUGUAUUUAUGAAGAAAUUAGAAAGAAUUGCCCACGUUAGUUGUUUUGCGAUAUAUCAUAGUGCAGGAUUUGUAAAUAGAUUAUAGCUUCCGUAUUAAAUAUGAUUGCAUUUAAUUAGUUUUUGAACCGUUGUAUCGAUCAAAGUAUAUGAAUAUUUUAUAAUUGUAAUAUUAUGAUAUUUACUGACGAAUUCUACAUAUGUAAUAAGUAUUAAAGUUAUGAUUGGUUUGAAAACUAAUUGAUUGUACAGUGCAAUAGCUGUUUAUGUAGGUGUGUAUAGAUAAUCGAGCACAAUUUUUUUUUAUACUGUAUUUCUUAUUACCUACAUUUGGAGUCGAGUAUAAGGUUGGACAUACCACAAAUUAUAUAUUAAUGUUUUAAUUUAAACAAAGGUAUCUGUUGUCUCAAUGAAUAAGCUACUACUGAAAUUUAUUUUCUGUUAAGAAUGCGGGGGUUCCCCUUGGUUUUAAUUUUUGUAUAGCGCCAUCUUUUGGAUGUUUUCUUAAUUUUUUAAUUCCGGAGUUAUUUCUUCUUACUAAUAUCUAUCAAGCCAUUCCGAUGAUAAAGCAACAGAACUAUUUUAGUGUGUACCGAUAUUAAAUUUCAAAUACUUUGGUUUGUCAAUGUUCCUUAUUCAUUUUGUUUUUAAUAAUUAUAAAAGGCCAGUAAAUUUGUUAAUUCCACUUGAAAUAUAUUGCUACUGUUUUUUUCAUAUAGCAACACUUUUAUUUAGGUAACUAUAUUUUUCAAUAUAGUUUAUAAUAUUAAUAUAUAAAUCUAUGCGGUGUGUCCAACUACGAUUUGUACUAUAGUUGGAUAGGAGCGGACUAUAGUUUGUGCGCUGGAAGCUCUUGUAUGUGCCAUUUUAGGCUUAGUUAAGUAUAAUCGCGUAGUUAGUUUGAAUUCUAUUCCGUAUACAGUAUAGACGUUUUUCGCUUAGCAAAAUUCUUUUUUUACAUUUUACAAUAUCUUUUAAAUAAAUAGCAGCUGCGAAUGAAUGAGAUAGAUUAUUAUUAAGUCUGUUUAUAUGUGGAAAAAAUGGCAGUGGUAUGGGGAUAUAUGAUGAUAAAAAAACGAGUCAGCCUUUUCAUACUUUAUAUGUAACGUUGUGUGUAUCUUAAAUAAUAGUUAGGUUUUUUUUUUAUACUUUUGUAUUUUAUUGAAAAUAAGUAUUAAGUUAAAUUUAUCUAAGACGCAUUAUUUAGGGUGAUCUUAUAUUUAUGUUUCCUGAUCAGACAAAUGCUUACAUAUAUAUGUAUGUAUGUAUGUAUGUAUGUGAGUGUGUGUGUGUGUAUUCCUUAGUUACAGUAAAAAACAUUACGUACUAAUGUGCCAAUUCCAGCUUCCAUUUUGUAAUUGACAUUCCAUUGAAGUUCAAAUUUAUUAAACCUUAAAAAUCUCAAACCCCCAAAUAUAGUAUGUAUGUUAAAACGAUUUUAGUUGAGUAUGCUUACUCCGAGUUUUGCGUCGUCCCUACAUACGGAGCGUUAACAAUUUUCCAUUCGUAAAUCUUAACACAUUAUCAUGUUAACGUGGGUCAUUGAAUGAGAGACGUGAAACACUUCGUAUGUAGUGUAGCUAUACUAACUUGUUCUAAGCAUUUAUAUAUAUAUAUAUAUAUACAUAUUUUUUUUUUUCAUAUUUAAUACAUCGGGAUAUUUUAAAAAUUAUUUCGUCUAUUAAAAGUGCACAAAAAUAAUGACAAUUCCUUUUUUGAAUUACGUCCUCGAAGUUUAGGAGAGACGUAACGGAAAUGUUUACUAAUAAAAAUAUUCCCUAGAAAUGAUAGCUUUUUUUUCUGUAUAAAUAAUUAUAGUAUUGAAGUUUUUUAACAUAAAAUCAUUUUCCUUAACACUGAUGACGACGGAAAUUACGACAUUUAGUUACUUAUUAUUUACAUGAUAAAGCACAAUUGAAAGACUAUCAAUGUAUUUGUAUGAAGCGUUCUCUACUAUCAUCAUCAUCAUCAUCAUCAUCAUGAUGAUUUCUACUAUAUCCGUAAUUAAAUGCACAGUUCGUCUUACUUAUAAUGGUAUAGAAAAUCAGAAACGAAUUUUCGACACUAUAGAUUUUACGGUGUGUUUAAAUUGAUUUGUAAAAAAAAUUAAGGCUGACUCAAGAAUUAGGCGACAUUCAAACUAUACGACUUUCAGUAGCGACUACCGUUUUUUUUUCUGAUAAAUCCUUAGAUAGCACAGACUACAUUUUAACAAAUGACUGAUAAGUUAACUAUCCAGUGUUUAACUACGGUUUAGCUGUCUGUUUUAAACUCCCGUUCAAACGUAUUUAACUGUGUAAUCUGCGGGUUUGAUGUUAACAUUGAAUUCUCGAGCUUCUAUAUGAAAAAGAUUUUUCUUUACUAUCAUUAAAUAACGACUUUCACAAUGUGAACUGCACAAACUGUGUGUGCGCGUGAUCCGUGUAGCUAUAAAUAACUUAGGGUGUACAGUGUAACCCCCAAUGUACAUCACAUUUUAUAUGUAAAUGAUAUUACUUAUUUAUUAUUUAAUGUAACCGCCUGUAUUAUUUUAAAUGUAAAAAUAUACAAGAAAUUAUGUA